AUGGUUUCAGAACAUCAUCAGCCGAUCAAGGAAACAUUAUUAGUUGGAAGGGCACUAUUGAACUUCACCUCUGUGUUCGUUUCUCUAGGAGUCUUUCUCUUCGGAUUUGAACAGGGAUUAAUGUCUUCCUUACUUACUAAUAAGUAUUUCAAGGACUACUACAAUGAUCCUAGUCCCGCAGAAGUUGGGACAAUGAUUGCAAUCUUGGAAAUAGGUGCCUUAUUCUCAAGUUUUAUCGCUGGGAAAGUUGGUGAUAAUAUUGGCAGAAGGAAGACUAUUAGAUAUGGACUGGGAAUUUUCGUAGUCGGUGGACUAAUUCAAACGUUUUCUGUCAACAUUAUUAAUUUAGGAUUUGGUAGAUUAAUUAGUGGUGUGGCCAUAGGAUUUUUGACUACAAUUAUUCCUUGCUAUCAGUCAGAAAUUAGCCCUCCUGAUGAUAGAGGGUUUUAUGCAUGUUUGGAAUUUACUGGUAACAUUAUUGGCUACUCAACAAGUAUUUGGGUUGAUUAUGGAUUCCUGUACAUUGAAAAUGAUAUCAGUUGGAGGGCACCACUUUUCAUCCAGUGUUUAGUGGGAUUCUUAUUAUUUUUAGGUAGUUUCAUCAUUGUAGAGACCCCCAGAUGGCUUUUGGACCAUGAUGAAGAUCACGAAGGAAUGAUUGUUAUUUCAGACUUAUACGCCGAUGGUGACGUGGAGCUGGAAGUAGCUAAAGUUGAAUAUAGAAACAUAAAGGAAAAUGUUUUAAUUGCAAGAAUUGAAGGAGGGGAAAGAUCGUAUCAGUACAUGUUGCAACGCUACAAGAAAAGAGUAUCAGUUGCAUGCUUUUCGCAGAUGUUUGCUCAAUUGAAUGGUAUUAACAUUGUAAGUUACUAUGCUCCAAUGAUCUUUGAACUGGCUGGUUGGGUUGGAAGACAGGCAAUCUUAAUGACAGGAAUUAAUUCCAUCAUUUAUAUCUUGAGUACAAUUCCGCCUUGGUAUUUGGUUGAUGGUUGGGGUAGAAAGCCAUUAUUAUUGUCAGGUGCAGUUUUAAUGGGUUUCCCCUUAUUAAUAAUCAGUUAUUCUCUUAUGCUUAACAACAAAUACACUGCAAAUACUGUUGUUGUUUGUGUUAUCAUAUUCAAUGCUGCAUUUGGCGCAAGUUGGGGACCAAUUCCGUGGAUGAUGAAUGAAGUUAUCCCAAACAAUGUUAGGAGUAAAGGGGCCGCUUUACUGACUGCUACUAAUUGGCUCUUCAAUUUUAUUGUAGGAGAAAUGACUCCGAUUUUACUAGAUGCCAUCAAGUGGAAGACUUAUUUAAUUCCAGCCGCUUCAUGUUUAUUGUCAUUUUUCUGUGUGCAUUUCUUAUUUCCAGAAACUAAGGGUUUGACCUUAGAGGAUAUGGGAUCUGUUUUCGAUGACUCUAGUUCAAUUUUCCUGUUCCAUUCGCUGGUUAACAAUAACUCUUAUGGGUCUGAGGAUGUUUCUGUUGGUCGUCGUGUGUCAGUAUCUAAUGCCUCAGCUCCAGCUCCUGAUCCAUUGAAUGAGGUCUUCAGACAAUCUCCUGCCCAGAUUGCGAGAAACACAUCCUUACUUAGACCCGAAUUAGAUAAUCACGGCAUAGGUGGAGCUUUGCCACAACCUACUCAAACUACUCCUCUUAUUUACCCAUCCAAGUCAACAAAAUCAGAUAUUGAAUCUCUUGAUGGAAUUGCUCCAUCAGAUUCGAAUGUCCCACCUCAAGAAAUUGAACCACCUUCUUAUGAUUCGAUUGUUGAAUUCAAAUUAGCCCAGCAAAGAAAGCCUGGCAUUUUCAAAAAACUUUACCAUAAAAUAUGGCCAGAUGUAGAUAAGGAUAAUGAGCAAGGACCAUUACUUCCUUGA